AUGUCGAGGCGAAGUGAGAGCAAUAGGACUCACUUGGAACAAGGGACAUACAGCAAGAAAGUACACGAUGAGCAGCCUCGGUUUAAGAGCACAUAUGACCAACAGGACUUCUCUGGGACUAGUUCUCGGAGAAACAGCACUAUACAGAAUGUGUAUUCCAGCAUUGGGGGGCUAACCCGGACUAGAAGCCGUGACAGUGUUUCCUCUAUAAAGUCUAACCCCGGAGAGUUUCCGUCUAAUAAGAACUAUCAACAUAAGUCGAAAAAGAGCCCAUUCUCCCUUAAGAGGACUCUGAGCAAUCUAUCCGUUACGAAUAUGUUACAGACACAAACGCCGUCCAGCUUACAGAACAUGGCAUUUGAGGAUGAGAUAGAUCAAAAAAUAGAUAGUUCGAAUACUACUGAUGUUGACAGCAUAGGAUCCAUGUCCGAUAGGUCUUUUACUUCGCGGGUCGCGAGUAACAGUGAGAAUGACCACACACACCAUAGGAAGCACGGCAGCACAUCUAGAAAAUACUCGUUUGCUGAAAACCUCUUCAAGAAACUCGCUCCUUCCAACUCAAGUACCAAGACUAGUCAUAAAGGACAAACAACUAGACGGACAGCUGGUCUGACCCAUAGUAAGCCCACUGCAGAAACUAUAAGCGAACUUCCAGGAGAGCAUGAUUUGACCAAUGUUAAGUUUCCACCACCGCUAGCAGAAAUCGGAGCAGACGGCUUACGAAACAAGGUAAAGCAAAUAGUACGCGGCCACAGCACAUCUGGUAUUGCUAUAGCCAAUGACGGAAGCACGCGCAGUAGCAUACCUCUGAUGAAAGAGCUGGAGAAGAAGAAAUUGAAACAUAAAGAUCAGGAGAAGCAUCAGUCGGAAAGCUCUAGCAUUCAUAGUAGCCAGGGCAAUAAAAAACUGUUUUUAUCUACCGGCUCCUCUGCUAGCAGUAGGAGAGGGUCCACUGUUAAUUCCAUUCUAACUAAUGAUAAUCGAAGUAGUGUUUCUAAUCCAAAGGAACCCAAGAGUGUGUUAGGCGAACCAUCUCAUAACAAUCAAACAAAGGAUAUUAAUACACCUAACCAAAAAGGCUUCACUACUGCACAGAGAGCAAAUUCUAUUAGUGUCCCUAGCAAGUCACAUAAAUUUAACGCUAUUGAUCCUGAAAAUACUAUAGAGGCACGGUUCAAUGAAUCAACCCUAGAUAAGGAAAAGGAUGAGAGCAUAAAAGAAAAAGACAAUUCUGAUAAUAAAGGAAAUGACGAAAAUAAUGCAGAAGAUAUCAAGACUGAGAACCCUAAUACGGGACUAUUCCCACUUGAUACCAAUUUGGAGAACAUGGCGGAGAUUACAAAAAAUGUCGAACCUCCAAGCGAGGCAGACAAGGAACCAAUAACAAGAUCAAAUACAUUUAUAUCUGGGCCAAAGAAAUCCCAUUCCAUAGCAGAUAUUCCAACAUGGGUUUCUUCUGAGUCUAGCUUGAAGGAUUACACCCAGACGGAUAGGGACCAAUGGGUAGCUCCAGAAAGUUGGGAUGUCGAAAUGAGAAUGGGCGGUUCGAAUGCUAAUCAUUUAGAAAAUGAAGAAGAACCGUUUGAUUCAAUUCUAUCACCAGAAGAAGUCACAAUGGCUACUCAACAAAAGCAAAGAAGGAAUAAAUCUAACAACAAAUCUUCCAAGUCAAGGAAUGGCAGUGAAGUUAACGGUAAGAAACCCCUUUCGACUAAAUCGAUGGUAAGAAUUAAAAACUCUCUAUUUAUGAGCCCAACUUCUAAUGAUACAGAAAAUUCUUCAGAUCUAUCAAGGAAUGGAGGAAUCAAUUUCAACUCAAAGUUGGGAUCAAGCAGAGUAAGAAAAUCGUCGAGUGAUUCGUUAGCUUCUAUUAUAUCACCAACGGAAUCAUUGCACUCUGAUGAUGAUAAACAAAGUACAACUUCCCGAUCAUCUUAUAAUUCGUCGACCUCUAACCAAUAUCCAGAUAAUAUUGAUGAUGAGAACGAAGAGUAUGAGUUACAACUGAAUGCUCGUGCUGCUCGGAAGAGGAAGACUAUAUCUUCAAGUGAAUUAUUUCAAAAGAUGAAUGAUGGGACAGACAAUAGUGAUAGCAACGAAAACAUUUCGGCAGAUAUAGAUGAUGAGAGACAUGAUAAUGUUGAGUAUGAAUUGGAAAGAUAUUAUAAAGAUGUUAGUGAUUUGGACCCAAAGCGUCACUAUGCUAUUCGUAUUUUCAAUACCGAUGACACGUUUACAACACUGUCAUGUACUCCUGGCACAACGGUCGAGGAGAUGAUCCCUGCAUUAAAACGUAAGUUUAAUAUAACUACACAAGGUAAUUUCCAAAUAUCUCUGAAAGUCGGUAAGCUUUCAAAGAUUUUGAGACCUGUGUCCAAACCGAUCCUUAUCGAGAGAAAAUUACUGUUACUGAACGGCUACAGAAAAUCCGAUCCACUACACAUAAUGGGUAUUGAAGAUUUAAGUUUUGUAUUCAAGUUUCUAUUCCAUCCGGUGACGCCAUCACAUUUUACACCAGAACAAGAGCAAAGGCUUAUGAGAAGUGAAUUUGUGCACGUUGAUUUGAGGAAUAUGGAUCUAACAACACCUCCUAUUAUAUUUUACCAACACACUUCUGAAAUUGAAAGUCUGGAUGUUUCCAACAAUGCAAAUAUAUUUUUACCACUUGAAUUUAUUGAAAGUGCAAUUAAGCUUUUAAGUUUAAGAAUGGUGAAUAUCAGGGCUUCAAGAUUUCCAGCCAACAUUACAGAAGCAUAUAAAUUGGUAUCCCUCGAAUUACAGAGAAACUUUAUAAGAAAGGUCCCAAGCUCAAUAUCAAAGCUUGUUAAUUUAACCAUUCUUAACUUACAAUGUAACGGAUUAGACAGAUUACCAAGUGGUUUCUCUCAAUUAAAAAAUUUACAGCUGCUGGACCUUUCCUCUAAUAGGUUUGCUCAUUACCCAGAGGUUAUUAAUUUCUGUACCAACCUUCUUCAAAUCGAUUUGUCAUAUAAUAAGAUACAUCAUCUUCCAAAAAGCUGCAGACAGUUGGUUAAACUUGCCAAAAUGAAUCUAUCUCAUAACAAGUUGACUCAUGUUGGCGAUUUAUCAGAGCUGAAAAACCUAAGGACUUUGAACUUACGUUUCAACAGGAUCAAUACAAUCAAUACUAAUGCACCAAAUUUACAGAAUCUGUUCUUGACUGAUAAUAGAAUAUCUAAUUUUGAUGAGAACUUACCUAAACUGAGGGCACUAGAAAUACAGGAGAAUCCUAUCACUUCGAUCUCAUUCAGAGAAUAUCCAAUGAACAUGACAAGUUUAUCAUUAAACAAGGCUAAGCUUGCCAGUAUUCCAGGUGAAAUAUUCAAAAAGCUACUAAGGCUAGAAAAACUUGAAUUGAAUGAAAAUAAUCUCACAAGGUUACCAAGUGAGAUUUCUUUAUUGACGAAGCUAGUUUAUCUGUCUGCAGCAAGAAAUAAACUUGAAAGCAUACCUCAGGAGUUUUCUAAACUUAAAAGUCUAAGAUCCCUUGAUCUCCACUCUAAUAAUAUCAGAGAUUUUUUUGCUGGUAUGGAGGACAUCGAAUUAACUUUCUUGAACAUAUCUUCCAAUGUGUUCGCGAAUGCAAGUUUAGAUCCUUCCUUUUUCUUAAAUGUCUCUAAUGAUUCCAAGUUAUCCAAAAGCCUAAUGUUCUUUGUGGCUGCAGAUAACCAAUUUGAUGAUGACGCUUGGCCAUUAUUCAACUGCUUCACCAACUUAAAACUAUUGAAUCUGUCUUAUAAUAAUCUUCAAGAUAUAACAAAGAUGAAGUUAGAGAAUUUGACCGAAUUAUUUUUAUCUGGUAAUAAAAUCAAUACUUUGCCUGGUGACACAGUUUCUAAGUGGAAAUAUUUGAAGACAUUGAUGCUGAAUGGUAACCAAUUGCUUUCCCUUCCAGCGGAACUUUCUCAAUUACCUCAAUUAAAUGUUUUUGAUAUUGGCUCCAAUCAAUUGAAGUACAAUAUUUCAAAUUUUCAUUAUGAUUGGAAUUGGAGAAAUAACAAGGAACUGAAAUACUUAAACUUUUCUGGGAAUAGAAGAUUUGAGAUUCGUUCAGUAACAAAUCAAGAAUUACAAACAGAUCUCUCUGAUCUUACUGUUUUACCUCAUCUAAAGGUAUUAGGUUUAAUGGAUGUUACCCUUAACACUACUAAAGUUCCUGAUGAAAACAUUAAUUUCCGUCUGAGAACAACGGCUUCCAUAAUAAAUGGUAUGAAUUAUGGUGUAGCUGACACGUUAGGCCAGAGGGAUUAUGUUUCCUCAAGAGACGUUACAUUUGAAAGAUUUAGAGGUCAUGAUGAUGAAUGUUUGAUUUGUCUUCACGACAGUAAAAACCAGAAUUCUGAUUAUGGCUACAAUAUAUCUAGAAUUGUCAGAGAUAUCUAUGAUAAAAUUUUGAUAAGACAGUUAGAGAAAUUUGGUGACUCCAAUGAAGAUGAAAUUAAGAAAGCACUAAGAUUUAGUUUCCUACAACUAAACAAAGAAAUCAACGGUAUGCUAAAUUCAGUAGAUAACGGUGCCAACAUAGAUAAUUUGACUUCCGCAGACUUAUUGAGUGGUGCCUGUUCAACCGUUAUAUAUAUGAAGGGAACUAAACUAUAUGCUGCAAACUUAGGCGAUUGUAUGGCGGUUCUGUCGAAAAACAAUGGUGAUCAUCAAAAAAUCACAAAACAGCAUGUGCCAACUAAAAGAGAAGAAUACGAACGUAUCAGAUUAUCCGGUGGUUAUGUCAAUAAUGGUAAACUUGAUGGUGUGGUAGAUGUAUCCAGAGCAGUCGGCUUUUUUGAUUUGCUACCACACAUCCAUGCAUCGCCUGACAUUUCAGUUAUUAAUGUAACUAAAGCCGAUGAGAUGCUGAUCAUUGGUACUCAUAAGCUAUGGGAGUACAUGGAUAUCGAAACAGCUUGUGACAUUGCUAGAGAACAUGUCCUUGAACCUAUGCUAGCUGCAGAGGAAUUAAAAGAUCAUGCUAUUGCUUAUGGUUGUUCAGAAAAUAUUACCAUAUUGUGUCUUGCUCUUUCAAAGUCAAAUUCACAGGAAAGUAAAUUCACGCUUAACCGUUCUUCGUUAUUAAGUAAGAGAAGCACUGUAGAAGAUACAACACUAAGAAGACUUCAACCAGAAAUUGCUCCCCCUACUGGCAAUCUAGCUGUUGUAUUCACAGAUAUUAAGAAUUCCACAUUUUUGUGGGAAUUAUUCCCUAAUGCAAUGAGAACCGCAAUCAAGACACAUAAUGACAUCAUGCGGAGAUUGCUGCGUAUUUAUGGUGGUUAUGAAGUGAAAACAGAAGGUGAUGCGUUUAUGGUCACUUUCCCUACACCAAUUAGUGCCUUGGUGUGGUGUCUUAGUGUCCAACUGAAACUAUUGGAGGCACAAUGGCCUGAAGAAAUAACAUCUAUCCAGGAUGGUUGUUUAGUUACCGAUCGGAAUGGUACUAAAAUAUACCAAGGGUUAUCCGUGAGAAUGGGUAUGCAUUGGGGUUGUCCUGUUCCAGAACUUGAUUUAGUUACACAAAGAAUGGACUAUCUUGGACCUGUUGUCAACAAGGCUGCCAGAGUUUCAUCUGUUGCUGAUGGUGGCCAAAUCACAUUAUCCAGUGAUUUUGUUUCUGAGUUUAAUAAGAUAAUGAAAUAUCACGAUAAUGUUGUGAAGGAUAAGAAACCCUUAAAGGAAGUGUAUGGGGAAGAAAUAAUUGGUGAAAUGCUUGAAAGAGAGAUUACUAUGCUUGAGAGUAUUGGAUGGUCUUUCUUUGAUUACGGUGAACAGAAGCUAAAGGGUCUGGAAACCAAAGAGUUCAUCACCAUUGUUUAUCCAAAAUCUCUUGCUUCCCGUCAUGAAUUUAUUACUGAAGAAGAACAAUCCAAGAUAAUCAAUCUAGAUUUCUUGCUAUCCUUGCGCCAGUUGGCAAAUAAACUGGAAGCUAUAUUGUCAGCUGUAGGAGGAGGAUUUUUGGAGUUGGACUCCAAACAAAGAGAAUAUCAUUCUGUUAUUGAUAGAUCAUUGAAAGGUGUUGUUGCUGCCAGCAUGUCGGACAAGGAAUUGAUUUUGUUUUUCGACCACCUAGUUACAAGAAUUGAGACCAUAAUAGCUGUUUUACAACUCAGAAUAAAAGUGACUAAAGGGUUAGACAUCUGCCAACACCAUGAUUUCUGUCUUCCUCAGAAGGGGAUCUUCGAAGUUCUUGAUGACGUAUUCAAACUCAUGGAUGCUGCCAAGCAAAUCCAAAAUUGA